CGAGCACGUGAUCAAAACACAAUCAUGGCUGCCUGCGCCGCAGUCCGCUCGAGCGUGGGGCUGACUUUCAGACUUUCGCGAGUCCUCCCGGACUGGUGCACUUGUCCGUUGUUCACGUUAAAGUCUUGCACGGCUUAUUUGCAAAGACAAGACUCGGUGGACCGCUUGCGUACCGCUUUUAGUCGCUACAUGCAGACGAACGUUGGUUCGUACCACAGUGAAGAAAGCAGCCCCGAUGAAGAGAACCAAGACAACGUGGUCAACGUGGUGUACGUAGACCGGUCGGGCCAGCGGAUCCCAGUUCGAGCCAAAGUGGGAGACAAUAUUUUGUACUUGGCCCACAAGAAUGGAAUUGAACUGGAAGGAGCGUGCGAGGCGUCUCUGGCCUGCUCUACGUGUCACGUCUACGUCAGCAGAGACCAUUUAGACAAACUGCCCGAACCACUUGAGAGGGAGGAUGACAUGCUGGACAUGGCGCCCAUGCUGCAGGAGAACUCCCGGCUGGGCUGCCAGAUCAUCCUCACCCCGGAGAUGGAGGGCAUGGAGCUGACGCUCCCCAAAGUCACGAGGAACUUCUACGUGGACGGACACGUUCCCAAACCUCAUUGAGGAGAAAAGCGCGGAAGACGAAGGUGGGAUUGAGCGCGGCCGGCCCGGGCAAACGAGAAGCCACGCGAGGGAGAGAACGAACGGGCUACCUUUUUUUUUUUGAAGAAUCUGCUCCUCGGGAGGUCCGUAGCAAACCGAUCUGAAGGUCUCUCGCCUGACCAGUUUUAACGGCUCACUGAAGUGGGACCGCAGACGUCCAAAGGAUGCAACGAAAUCGAGAGGUUUCUUCGAAAAAAGGAAGAUCUUGCAAGAAUCUGUUGUUGGAUUGUUCUACGUUCUCAGGCCAGCAUUGAGACACGGCGCGCAAUCUCAUAAAAAUGUUCUGUUUAAAAAAACAAACAAAAAAAAAAACAACAACAGCCUAAACAUUCAAGUGUGGAGACCUUUUUAGUUCAAGCUCACUUUCACAAAGGAGUCUUAGAGCCACACUGAGAAGAAAAAUGGGAGGUUUAAACAGCUAUGACAAAGUAAAAAUGCAAAUUUACACUAUUUUGUACAUGAAUAUAGCAGUGAUUUCAUUUCUAAUUGGAACAACUUUAAAGAUCUGCCAUCUAUUAAUCAGGUGAUAUUCAAUAUUUAUUUCAGGUUUGCACAAUCACAGUCAAGUGUUUAUACUGAGGGUAAUCUACCCAAAUAUAGAUUACUGUAUCUGUACAAUUAUUUUGCUGCUCCAAAUGUCUUGUACAUCUUUGUCAUAAUACGUCCCCUGCCUCAGUGUGUCAACAAUACUCCUUUGUACAACUGCUGAAUGGAACAUUCCAUGUUACAACUUAUACGCACAAACUGUCGCCCGCAAAAUGCUCUUUUGUCAUUUCACUCAGAUCGUCAUCACCACCAAUACUCACUCAUACUUUAUACAUUUCUUUUGGAUUUGUCAAGAAUAUGGCUGCUCUUCAGUGAAUGUCCUAUACAAAAAAAAAAAAUAAUAAAUCCAGAUAUACAUUUCAAAUAACUUAUAAGAACAGACACGGCUUCAGUUCUGAUCCGGUGACACUGAUGCGGUUCUGUUGUGUUGUCAAACUUGCAACAAGCUGCCGAUGAGGAAGUUUUACCACCUUUAACUCUUAUUUGUACUGUACUUGUCCAACUUACGCACACGUGAGUCACUAAAUUGUAUGGCAUAUAUUACAUAUUUAAAAUUGUGCAAUAAAGUACUAUUUUAAAGCA